CAAAAUAGGACAGAGACAUGAUCUUUGGCUUGAAAAGGUUCAAAUCUUACAAGAUUUAAUUUCAGUCAAAGCUUCAAGACUUCUCGUCAGCUAAUAAUGGAGCUGAAAUUGUGGCUCCCGAUUCUGAUGGUUUUUGGGAUGGCUGAAUCUCUAGGCACGAGCAAGGACUGGUCCAUAAAAGUGCCAUCAAAAAUCCCUGUUCUUCAAGGCUCAUGUGUGGUCAUUCCCUGUACGUACGUUUACCCCCGAAUAGAUAGCAUGUCGAAGACAUGGAAGGGAUACUGGAAGAGACGGGGCACAGUUGUUGCAUCAAAUUUCCCCAAUUUGAAACUAACGCGUGAGUUCAAACAUCGAUCCAGAAUUAGAGGAACCCUUCAAAGCGGCAACUGCACCUGGCAGCUGAAUCGUGUCAGAACAACCGACACUGGUCCGUUUCACUUCAAAAUUGAAAUCCCACAACAUAAAAGCCACAGUUUCUCAAAAAAUAAGGUCACCCUCAAUGUCUUCCGAGUUCCUGAGCCGCCCAUCAUGUCUGUUGCAAUCCAACGUAAAGUGACCGCCACCUGCAAAGUUACUCAUGUCUGUCCAUCAUCUCCUCCCAAAUUCUCCUGGAGCCACUAUGGAAAGAUAAAAACGAAGUCAAAAAAGCUGAAUAAAUGGUUGUGGUCAACAACGUCGACUCUCACCUUUAUCCCUCACAAACACGACUACAACAAGCCUUUAAACUGCAGCGUGUUGUUUAAAGGCAAUAAGACUACAAAGGGCUCUGUGCUUCUCAUCAAGUAGAGUGUCAAGUGAAACUAAAUACAGAGUACUAAAUUGGAGCAAUAUUUUUAGAGCUAUCUGCCAUGAUGACAAAGUGAUUUUGCAGAAAAAGGCCUGAAUUAGUAAAAAAAAUGUAUAGGGACAAGAAAUGCUUAUUGUUGCAUGCUUUGAUUCAUAUUACCUUUUGAGUUUAACUUUACCUAAAUCUUUCAAAAAUGUGUUGGAGGCACAAAUGUUAGAAUUCUUUUUUUUUUUUUUACCUUUGAUGAUUUUCUAAUAGGUUUUAUGGAUUAAUUUUGUUUAGCUGUUUUCUUUUACUCUUCAUAAACUGCAAGAUCAUACACUGACUAUUAAAUAUACAUCAUAGUCCAAAGUCUACAAGUUUCCUUGUUUCUUUGUAUUAAAGCUUUCAUCAAAGUGCUAAGAUUAUGACAUUUUUGUGUUUUUUCUCUCUUAACUUUUGUCUCAAUUAUCUGGAAUGUGUGAAAUAGGAAACUGUUGUGGCAGCAGCCUCCCAUUUGUGGUGAAUGGAGAACAUGGGGUAUUUAAUUUAGCACUUCAAAUGGGCCACCAAGAACCUUCAUCAUCAGAAGAACUGCACAAAUAGCAACUAAAGUAAUAGUAUUAUUCUCUUUAAAUCUACAUUGCAUGGUUCAUUGGGUAACUUUUACUGUUCCUCACGAAGAAAAUGUGGAUAAAAUAUAUAUGGGAACAUUAACUUUUUUCUAUUAACCAUAUUAUGAUAGUUUUUCUCUUUCAAAGGUUGAGAAAAUGACUUGAUGCACUAUAUUUAAGUCCAUUGUCAACUCCACUGUCAAAAAGAAAAGAAGGGAAGUAAAAUAAAAAU